UCUGCCUCUGUGUCUCUCUCUGCCUCUGCCUCUGUGUCUCUCUCUGCCUCUGCCUCUGUCUCUGCCUCUGUGUCUCUCUCUGCCUCUGCCUCUGUGUCUCUCUCUGCCUCUGCCUCUAGAGUAGUGGUCGAAGUUGGUGGCUACAGUAACAACAUUGUUCUCAUUUCAACAUACAAUGGAAAUCCUGGAUGCUGA